AUGGCUACGUUUAAGUCAAACCAUGACAUUCAAAUCCUUAUCGGAGGAAGGGAUGUGGCCAAUCGCAUUUACUACUGCUGCAAGUACAUUACAAAACUUCAAAAUCAAAUUGAUUCUAUCGCGGCCGUGGCGCUUGCUGCAUUUCAACGUCGACGGGACAAAGAACAAGUGGCGUUAAAUCGAGCGGUGGAGUUGGAUCCAAUUCAAACUAGCAGGAAGAGAGUUGCGGCAUUGGCCUAUAACUUGACUAGUCGGCAAGAGAUGACAGGCCCGCUUGCCGCUUUGUACAUUCAGUGUGGGUCGUGUUCAUACUCGAGCGAUCGUUGCGAGAGGCUUCAGCUUCACAACAUUUUUGACCAACUUUUUGGGGGUGGUGCCUACUCAUGUGACCUGGUGGAAUCUAAUACGGCAGGACCCGAAGGCAAUGUCUCUGUGUACCGCUCGGUAACAGCACUGGAUGAUUAUGUGCAUCGCCCGCCAAAACACGAAGACGUCAAUCUGUACAAGUUCGCUAUGAGAUUUUUUAGGCGUAAGAGGACAGCGGCAACGUCUGAAACCGUUCUAUUCCUUCGCGGUCAUCCGUUAUUCGACACUUAUUGCCUGGGAGUACACUCUCGAGAUGUUGUCCCAGUGAUAAUUGGACCUCGGAUGCCGUGUGUAAAUGAGAGUUCGUCUGAUGAAGUCAAAGCGCUGCGAGCAAAAAUCGCUUUGGUGCUUUUUAAACCCUUCCGUUCUGUUAAUGACCUUAUCCAAGGCGCCAACCCGACCGAGUUCGAUUGGAUUCGAGCUUACAUGUCAUGGGAAACGCAACGGACCGCGUUUGACCAAAACAUUAUGUCAAAUAUGGAUGAUUAUUUCCUGGGUAGAGAAAAAGCUGCCGAAGAGCGAAAGUGGUUAGGAACGGAGGAAGAUGACGAUGCAGAUUCUGAUGGCACUUUUGACGACUCCGAUGCGAUGCGUGAUUUGAAAAUACAAUGUUCGGCGAGGAUGGUGAAUAUGAGACGACCAACGAAAUUGACGCUGAUUUUGAGGAUAAUAGUAUGA